AUGGAAAUUAUUCGCGACACAAGUCUAAGUCAGUCAAAAUCGGCCCCUACACCCCUUCCUCAAGGUCUAAGGCUUCACUCUACCCCAGAUGACCCACUUCCUAGUCCUGAUUCAUAUCGGCGACUUGUGGGGCGUCUAUUGUACCUUGGAUUCACUCGCCCAGAUAUCUCACACUCAGUUCAACAACUGAGCCAGUUCCUCACAAAUCCUUGUGACUCCCACUGGCGGGCAGCUCUCCACAUGGUUCGCUACCUCAAAGGUUGUCCAUCUAAGGGGCUAUUUUUUCCCUCACACAACCCCUUAGUGCUGAAGGUUUACUGUGAUGCAGAUUGGGCAACCUGCCCGGAUUCCAGGCAUUCACUUACAGGAUUUUGUAUAUUCCUUGGACCUGCUCUAGUAUCUUGGAAGACAAAAAAGCAACCAACGGUGUCCAGGUCAACUGCUGAGGCUGAGUGCCGCGGUCUUGCCGCCACUAUCUGCGAACUGCGUUGGCUCACAUACAUCCUAAUUGAUCUUAGUGUUUCUACUUCUCUGCCUAUCCACUUAUUUUGUGACAAUAAAGCGGCUUUACAUAUUCUGGCCAAUCCUGUUUUCCAUGAUCGAACGAAACACAUAGAGCUGGGCUGUCAUCUGGUUCACGAUGCCUAA